AUGACUUUUGUUGAUGACCUCAAGAGUGGCAAAUGCGCCAUCUAUGGACAGUUUACUGCUAUACUGACCUUUCUCUUCCUUGUGAUUUUUGGCUUCUUCAACUUGGUCUCAUCACUCAUCAUCUUUUCUAUUCUUGGAUGGGUCUUUGCUGGCAUUGUUUUCCUUGUUGAAAUGCCUUUUUGUGCAAAGUGUUGUGCAAAUGAUAAUCUUAAACGAGUCUCGGACUUUUUUCAGGCCAAUCAGUUCAAGGCAUGUCUGUAUUUAGUUUUUAGUAUCGUUCUUUGGUGCUCUAUUCGUGUACAGGCAUCCACUAUUCUUGUUUCCGCUACGUUCAUGACGUUUACCACUGCCUUUUACGCCAUUGCUGCGUUGAGGCACGAAGAUCCUGCCAAGAGUUCAGUCAAUGGUACCAAUUUGGCUGUCCAAGCCACCUCCACCUUUGGUGGACGAGUUUAAUUUAUAUAGUUUCAAAUUCGGCUCAGCAAUGGAACAGUUUUUGCUUUUAUCCCUGUCUACCCUUUUAUUGCUGCUACAAAGCAGCCAUAUCUUUCUAAAUACAAAAUCAGCCUGGUUGAAAAAGUCUUGAAUUUGCAUCGUAUCUUGCCAAUAUAAUCUCAAUAAACAA